UCACAUUCACUCUUCAACAUUCAAUUCCUCACGUGUAUCUCACGUGACCAUUCAUCAAACACUCUCACCAAUACACAUCAGCGACCAUUAACACUUCCAUUUUUUCAUGCACAGCGCAAACAAACACUCUCUUUCAAUCGCUCUUAACACUCAACCAAACACACCAAAUGGCUUCGCCGCCACCGUUAACGCUAAACGUCGUCGGAUCAGACACAGACAACGCGUUCCCGACCGUCGCUUCGAGUUCCCUAACGCCGCCGUCCCCGCGCCGUUCGUCUCCUUUACAGAGCCUCAGUCCCAGCAUUCUCAUCAUCGUCACGGUCCUCGCCGUCACCGUUAUUGUUUCUCUCGCGCUCUGCUUCCUCCUCCGCCACCUCAAUCGCCGCUGCCUCCGCCGCUUCUCCUCCUCCUCCGCCGCGCCCUCCGCAUCCGCCUCCGCCACGCCGAUAUUCUCCUCCAGCCGCCGCAUCUCGCCGGAGAUUGUGCUCUCCUCGUCCUCCGCCGCUGUCGCCGCCUCAGUCAUCGACACGCUGCCGCUAUUCACGUUCUCCUCCGUCACGCGCCGCUCUUCCUCCGCCGCCGCCGACUGCGCGGUCUGCCUCUCCAAGUUCCACCACCACGACCUCCUCCGCCUCCUCCCUCUCUGCUGCCACGCCUUCCACGCCGAGUGCAUCGACACCUGGCUCCAGUCCAACCUUUCGUGUCCGCUCUGCCGCUCUCCCAUAGCCGCCGCGGAAUCCGACAUGGCCAAAAUCCUCCGGCCGCCGUCCUCCACCGCCGGCAGCAGCGACAGCUUCCGCCUCGAGUUAGGCAAUAUCAGCCGCCGUGGCGCCGAGGGCGCCGCGGCCACCGCCGCUCGCGGAGAUUCACGGUCCCGGUCCUAUUCCAUUGGUUCGUUUGAUUAUUUGGUAGAUGAUGAGUCUGAGGUUGCUUUCAGCCACGCCCGCCGGAGGAGCGAGGACGAUGCGAAGGAGUUUCUGGCCAACGAGACUCAGACCCCGUCCACUCACAACGAGGCGAGUCUGGCCAGCGAGGUCGCCGGCGUCAGGAGCUGGCUUAAGGACUACAUGGAUAGGUUUUCUGCUUCUAUCUCGUCAAGAACAGCGUCUUUUCGAAGCUCCGGAAGGUUCUUCAGCGGUGGCGGGAGUAGUCGGCGAAGCGACGUCGUUCCAGUGGUGGCUGCGGAAUACGACUUGGAAGGAAACCGAAUUGGUGAAGAGAUAAGCGAAAUGUUCCGAUGGCUUUCAGGGGUAUGAUUUGGUAAAUAAGAUGAACAGUUAGGAGAUACUAUAUUUUUAAUUUUGAUUAAUUUUUUCUUAAAAUCAUUCCAAAUAUUCCUUCCUCAUUUCCCUUCCAUUUCAAUAUUCCCCUUCUUUGAUUUGUUUUGGGCAUUGCAAUAAAGUUAAUGUAACUAUAUAUAUACAUGAAUCCCUGUAGAUAGCAUGAUUUGAACAUACAAUUUUCAUCAUUGAGUCCUUUUAGAAACAUAUAUUCACAUCAUGAUCAUAUCAACCAUGAGAAAUGAAAAGUUGCAAAUGAUUUUCACCA